AUGUUUGCUAAAAGAUUUGCUCAGAAAGCUCCCGGACUAGCCCAUGUCAUGGCUAAAAGAACAAAGGUGACUUUGCCUGACUUGGACUGGGAUUUCGGCGCUUUGGAGCCACAUAUCGCUGCCAAAAUCAACGAAGUGCACUACACCAAGCACCAUCAAACCUACGUGAACGGUUUCAAUGCUGCUUCGGAGCAGUUCGGGGACUUGAAAUGCAAGUUGACUGGUGAUCCCAAAGCAGAUGUAGCUGUGGUGAAGCAACUGGUGGCUCUACAACAAAACAUCAAGUUCCAUGGUGGUGGCUACACAAACCAUUGUUUGUUCUGGAAGAAUUUGGCCCCUUCGUCGCAAGGAGGUGGUGAGGCUCCCACGGGGUCCUUGGCCAAGCAAAUUGAGUCCCAGUUUGGUUCUCUCGACAACUUGAUCUCCCAAACUAACACCAAGUUAGCCGGCAUCCAAGGUUCUGGGUGGUGUUUCAUUGUCAAGAACGCGGAGAAUGGCGGUCAGUUGGAGGUGGUCCAGACUUACAACCAGGACACCGUCACCGGUCCUUUGAAGCCUAUCGUGGCCAUCGACGCAUGGGAACACGCCUACUACUUGCAAUAUCAAAACCGCAAGGCUGACUACUUCAAAGCCAUCUGGAAUGUGAUCAACUGGAAGGAGGCCGCUAAGAGAUUCGACGCCUAA